AUGGCCGGACGCGACGGUGUCAGCAUGGCGGCUAAACCGCUGCAGCCAAAUUUCUUCUGGUACACGGUGGUACCGCUCGUCCUGAUCCUGAGCAUGCCCGUCACACUAAUGUGCGCCAUCUCCUUCGUGAUCACUCACAAGUCGUCGCCAUCCCUCGCCCUCAAGUCAGGAUUCGGGCAAUUCGUUUACAGCUCAUGCACAGGCCAAGGCUUCGGCACGUGGGAGGCUUGGACAUUCGCGGUCUCCUUCACGCUGUACAGCGCACUCUCGAUUCCGCUACUUGCCGGAAAAGCAUACCGCGGCCCACCGACGCCUUCGGGAUUCAGGCCUGUUUACCGAAACUCGGGAUUCACUUACUACGUCCUGUCUAUGUUGAUCGCCGGCUACUUCCUGGUCGAGAAAGACUUGCCGGGUUACCCGAUCUACAAGGCCAUACCGUCUUUGAUCGUGGUGCUGACCAUCGAGGGUUUUAUCGUUUCGGUGCUUCUUUACGUGAAAGGAUUGACGAGUCCCUCUCCAGGAGAACACGGUCCCUCCGGAAGCGCCGUGUUCGACUUCUACUGGGGACUCGAGCUGUACCCUCGCGUGGGCAAGAGGUUCGACGUCAAGCUGUGGACGAACAGCCGCUUCGGUAUGAUGAUGUGGCAGCUUCUCGUGCUGGUCAGCUGGAAGGCCCAGGUGGAGACCUCGGGCUGGAACUGGGCGAUGGCGGUGACGUGUUUCCUGCAGACAGCGCAUGCAGCGAAGUUCUUUUGGCGGGAGGACUCUUACAUGCAGUUCGAGGACGUUGUAGUGGACAGAUCAGGAUACUACUUAUCUUGGGGCUUUAUCGCCUUCAUGGGCCCGAUAUACACAAUUUCGAACUUCUACAUGGUGGAGCACUGCCCAGACAUGAGCUUGGUCCCGGCAAUUUUUAUAACGGCCCUGGGACUGGUCGUGAGCCUGUUGACGUACUUGUGCAACCGCCAGAAGCAGCUGGUCAGGGAAUCUCAGGGCAAUUGCUCCACCUGGCGAUCUCCAGCGAGGGUAAUCCGGGCAACGUACCGGGUCAGCGCUGGCAAAGAAAAGACCGACGUGCUUCUGCUGUCAGGAUUCUGGUCGUUUUGCCGUCGACCCGACUACGUUCUUGAGAUCCUCACGCACUUGUCCUGGGUGCUGCCAGCGGGAGGACGAAGCCUGGUGCCGUACUUGAGCACCGUCUUUCACGCUUGCCUGUUGGCGCACACAACGUACCGAUUCGAGAAACUGUGCGCGGAGAAGUACGGCCGCCAUUGGAAGGAGUACUGUUCCGUCGUCAAGUACAGGAUGAUACCUUACAUCUACUGAAAUGUCAAUGCUUAUGAAACUGCGUGUGUAUGCUUUCAAUCUACGUCUGAUUUCGUGAAGGUAGUAAA